UGCGAAAGGGCACUCUUCGCGGCGCUUGGCCAAAGUCGAAUUUGCCCCACAACGCGCAAGCCAUGGACCACGGACCGACCGCGAUGGCGCAACCCAAUGUCAACCUUGACGGCAUCGUCACGGGCCGCUGGAAGAUUGCGAUCUUUGGCUGCUUUGACACGUGUAUUCCCAACACGGUCAUGGUGACGUUUUGCCCGUGCGUGAGCAUUGCGCAAGUCACGACGCGCAUCGGAUACGGCCAGUACCUGCACGUGCUCCUCGCGUCCUUCUUCUUCUACAUCAUGUACCUCAUUGCGUGCUUCGUCAAGGCAUCGUGGUUCCGGAGCAUCGUCGGCAUCCUCGGCUUUGUCAUGUUCCUCUUCAUGUGGCACCUGCGCUUCAAGGUACGCGGCCUCUUCCACAUCCCUGGCUCGAUCGUCGAGGACGGGCUCUGCGCGCUCUUCUGCGGCUGCUGCUCGCUGGCGCAAAUGGCAACCCACGUCGAGUCGUACAAGCCCGGCGACUGCCAGUUCGAAGCUCGCGCGACGCUUCCGUCGUAUCAAGUCUAACUGCGCGCGCUUUCCAGUACCCUCGUCAACAUGCAUAUGGUUUUCUGUGUC